CCUCAUAAACCUGAGAAAUAAAUGUAGUGGAGAGACAGACAGAGAGAGAAUCGCUCUCCCCUCUUUAUAUAGCAGAGCAGAGAGAAAAGAUUGGUGUUGGCCUUUGUAAAUUCUUCAUUGAUUCUUUCACUGAGAUAUCAGAUUUCUUUCCAAAAAGAACUUGUGAUUGCACUCAGUCGUUGUAUCGUUACCUCUUCUAAGUUAACAAAGUGGAGAGAGCAGAUUUUAUAAUGGAGAGGAGGGUUUGCACAUAUGUUUCUUUCCUCUGGGUUUUGGUUUUUCAAGCCAUGUCCCCGACAGCUAAUACGCACGAUUUGGCGAAAAUAGGGCUCAACUAUGGAAUGCAGGGAGACAACCUCCCCCCACCCCCUCAAGUGGUGGCCCUCUACAAGAACCUCAGCAUCCCUAGGGUGCGCCUUUUCGACCCCAAUGCCGGCGCCCUCGAGGCCCUGCGUGGCUCUGGUAUCGCUGUCCACCUCGGUGUCACCAACAACGAUGUCAUCGCCAUCGCCACGAGCCAUUUUAUUGCGGAUCAGUGGGUCGCGGCCCAUGUAAAGCCGUAUGUGCCCGACGUUAACAUCACCUAUGUCUCUGCAGGCAACGAGUUAGUCAAUGAUGUAAAUGCUGCACAGGUUAACUCGGCGAUCCUGGCACUCCAGAAUGCCCUUAACACGGCUGGUUUCAGAAGCAUCAAGGUCACUACAACUGUGUCCACGAGCGUGCUUUCAGUUUCAUACCCACCUUCACAAGGUGCCUUCACUAAUGGUGUGGCCACCGCAAUGACCUCAAUUGCGACUUUUCUAGCACAAAACCAAAUCCCCCUCUUUAUUAAUGUGUACCCCUAUUUUGCCUAUUCUAGCAACCCUGCCAAUGUGUCCCUCGAGUAUGCCCUCUUCAUAUCCCCGGGUCCGGUGGUUCACGAUGGCACCCUGAGCUAUCAAAAUCUCUUUGAUGCAAUGGUGGACUCAAUAUACUCCGCAUUGGAGAAGGUGGGGGGAUCGUCUAUCGAGCUUGGCAUCGGUGAGACCGGGUGGCCAUCCGAUGGCAAUCCUGGGGUGGCAACCAUUGACAACGCAAAAGCUUAUACCAAUAAUUUGGUAAGCCACAUUGCUUUGGCUAAGGGCACACCUAAGAGACCAGGUAAGCUCAUAGAGACAUAUAUUUUUGCCACUUUCAAUGAAGACUUGAAGGCCGAGGGCAUCGAGCAGAACUUUGGGCUCUUCUUUCCUAACCAGGCCCAAGUGUACCCUGUCAACUUCUUCCCCACAGUCUGAAAAUGGCCAUUCCUGAUUCUUGUUCUUUGGAAUAAUGGCACUUGGAUAUGUACAUAGUAAUGGGUUCCCUCAUUUUCAUUUUUAUAUUAUUUGGGGCGCAUUUGUUUAUCCAGCUUGAAAUCAUGUAUUUUGACAGCUUUUAAGUACAGAACUGAGGAUAUGUGCAUGAAUCCCUUCUAAGCACCCUCUUGGAGCAGGGAAGCUAGAAGACAGAGUAGUUUUGGUUCAAUUACAAAGAGAUUUUAGCA